AUGGCUGAAGAAACAAAAGCUGCUACUGAACAGGUGAAGGCUGAGGCUGAGGAUGUCAAGGCUAAGGCUGAAGACGUCAAGGCUAAGGCUGCUGAGGAUGAGACUAAGGAGGCUAAGAGUGUCAAGGAGGAAGCCGCAAAGGUUGAGAAGAAGGCUAAGGAAACCGUCAAGAAGGCUACCGAUGCCGCUUCUAAGACCGAGAAGGAAGGUGAGGGUAUUGUCAAAAAGAUUAUCAACAAGGUUAAGAAGUUCUUCAACUAA